UUUUCAGUCCGAUAACUCCGUCUUGCUGCGUUUUCUCCCAAAUCGCAAACAACAAAAAAGAAAAAUGGCGUCGUCGAAAGUGGAAAUCGGGAACCCAAGCAGAGGAGGAGGAGGAGUAGCAGUGGCGGAGCUGGAGAAGCUGAGCGUGGAGCAACUGAAAGCGGUGAAAGAGCAAACGGAUCUCGAAGUCAAUCUUCUGCAGGACAGCCUCAACAAUAUCCGAACCGCCACUACCCGACUCGACCUCGCCUCUACUGCUCUCAACGACCUCUCUCUCCGUCCCCAAGGCAAGAAGAUGCUCGUUCCUCUCACCGCCUCGCUUUACGUCGCUGGUACUCUCGACGACGCGGAUAAAGUCUUGGUCGAUGUUGGUACUGGUUAUUUCAUAGAGAAAACAAUGGCUGAAGGCAAAGACUAUUGUGAACGGAAGAUCAACUUGCUGAAAUCAAAUUUUGACCAACUUCUUGAGGUUGCUUCUAAAAAGAAAAGCAUAUCAGAUGAAGCUGGAGCAAUUUUGCAAGCAAAAUUGAAGCAGUUGUCCCCUAGCGGGUAGGGAGUCGAUGAUCUUUGUAAUGGUUUUGUAUGACAUGAAAUUCAUAGGAUCAAGCUAAAGAAAUGUUUCUAGACCAUGACGAAAGAGAUGUAUAUUUUCACUAAAAAUUUGAAAUUGUCAUAGAGUUUAAUCGAUAUGACUCAAUUAAAUUUUGUUUGCCACAUUA